AUUUGCCUACGAUCGAAACAAGCAAAUGAAUAAAGCUCAGAAAAAGUAAAUUAAGUAGUUAUUCUUAAGUGAUUUACAACAAAUAAGUUUUUAAGCAGGAAAGAAACAAUAAUAAUAAUCAAAACAAACAAAAGAUCUCGAUUAUAACAAUGGGUUGUUUUGAUUCAAAGCCAGAAAGUCGUCCUGAACCAACAGCCGUAAGAGGCUGCACUGACGUUUGCUGGCUUAUCAUAUUCAUCAUUUUCUGGAUAUUCAUGAUCAUCAUUGCCGGCUUUGCAUUUGUAUUUGGAAAUCCGUUAAGAAUAAUUAAUGGAUAUGACAGUUUUGGAAACACUUGUGGAGUUCAAUCGAAUGAACGUUUUCGUGAGACUGGCCUGCCAUCAAAUGUUUCAGGAAUCAGUACGAUUGAUAAACCUUACGUCUUCUUCUUUGACUUGAAAGAGUUGAAGCAAUCACUUAAAAUUUGUGUCAAGAAUUGCCCAAAAAAACAAAUUGAUGAUCCACGACAACUUUACAAUUAUUACCAACAAGAAGGCUCGAAAUAUUGUCGCUAUGAUUUCGACAUGAACAAAUUAAACGAACGCAUAUCGGAAUCAGAUGAAAUGAUUUUUCACUUCACUGGACCAUGCCCUAAGCUUCCGAUUUACGAAGGAACGCCAGUGUUGCAUCGUUGCAUUCCAAGCGGCAAAAAUGCACCACACAAAGAAGUUAAGGAACUUUACAACUUAAUAAGUUCAUGGGAUUUCGUUGAACAAACAUCGAGAGAUCUUUACAAGUCAUGGCAUGUCAUUUUAAUCGUUUGUGGAAUCAGUUUAGUGCUAUCAAUAAUUCUCAUUGGAUUACUUCAUUACUUGACACAAAUCAUUUCGUGGUUGAUUUGCAUCUUUGUGGCCGUUGCAAGUAUUGCAUUAACAGUCUUAUUGUGGUGGACUUAUUAUGAUAUUAAACGAAAGAAGGAUCACGCUGAAUUAUCGCAACUUGCUCAAUAUGUUCAGAAUGAAACAGCGGUUUAUGUCUUUGCAAUCAUUGCUACAAUUGUCAUGAUUAUUCUUCUGGUUGUGAUUUAUUUUAUGUCAUCAAAGUUUUCCGGUUUGGCAGCACUUUUUGAAGAAGCUGGCAAGUGCAUGUACAGCAUCCCACAAAUAUUUGGACCACCUUUGCUUGCUUUCAUCUUUUUGGUGCUUUUCUUAGCAUUUUGGGUGUCGGUUGUGGUUUGUUUGUCAACAGCAAGUGUUCCUGGAUUCAAACCUUUAUUGAAUUACGCUCAAAUCACAAACGCGCCUGUUUCGGCAUCACAAACUGCAAAUGGUGGAGUUGCAGUUAAGAAUGCGUUUGAUGCAAAGAAAAGCUUUAAACUCGUCGAAUAUCAAGAGACACAUUACCUCAAGUACAUGUUGUACUUCUACCUUGUAGCACUCAUUUGGACGAGUGAAUUUAUUUUCGCUGCUUCUCAAUUAUGUUUAGCUGGUGCUGUUGCCAUUUGGUACUUUAAGAAACCAACAGAUUCACCAGUAACUGACUCCAUGACAAAGUUAAUUAAAUAUCAUCUUGGAUCAGUGGCUAAAGGCUCAUUUUUGAUAACAAUCUUUAAGAUUCCACGUUUAAUUUUAACUUAUCUUUAUGCGAAGAUGAAAGCUGCAUCAGUGAAAGGAAAUGAUUGUGCUGAUUGUGGUUUAAAAUGUUGCAUUUGUUGCUUCUAUUGCUUGGAGAAGUUCAUCCGAUAUUUGAAUCACAAUGCUUACACUGUCAUUGCCAUUGAGUCAAUAAACUUCUGCCCAGCGGCUGGUGUUGCAUGGAAGGCGAUUUGGACCCACGUCGUAUCAGUGGCAACAAUCAAUGGAAUUGGAGAUUUCGUUUUGUUUUUGGGAAAAUUGGCAGUUGCUGGAGUUUGUGGCUUUAUAGCUUUGCUGAUGUUGAAGAGCGACCCGGAAAUACAUUUCUAUAUGAUUCCAGUGUUUGUAAUCGCUCUCUUUGCUUUCUUCGUCGCUCAUGUUAUUUUGUCGCUUUACGAAAUUGUUGUCGACACAUUAUUCUUGUGCGUCUAUGAAGAUCGACACAUUAAUGGACCAUCAGGACGUUGGAAGGAAUCAAAUUUGGCAAAUCUUUUGGGUGAAGAGCCAGUGGAAGCUGUUGAAGGCAGAAUGCAACAAAUUGAAUUGACACCAAUUACCAAACAACCAUUCAGCUCACAUUAUGCACAAAACGAUGCCGAACAAGCUUAAGUUAAGUUCAUGAUUAAGUGAGAAUAUUAAGCUUUAUAAAAUUUGUCUCCUAUCGACUUUAUCCUCAUAUUACAUCACAAUAAUUUUUAUUUAAGACUUCUUUAUAAUCGUAUUAAUAAUAUUCGCUUACUUAUCUUCAUUCUCAUAUUAACAAUGAGAAGAUUCAUACAGCUUUGAAACUAAAGUUUUCAUAAUUUGUCUCUUGUAAGUUUUGAUAAAAUUCAUUCAUUCCGAUCAGGAUCUUUUUUCAUAUUCUUAUUCGCAAUUUAAGUAUUCAUUAAUUUAUGUGUCGAAUGUUUAAAGUAGAUAAUUAUGUUAAAAUGUUUAACAAAUACAACAUUGAAUCCUCAAUCGUUCAACAAAACGAAGCAGCUUCAUUUAAGAUUAAAAUAACAUUCAUAAUUGGCAUGUAAUCAAAAAAAGAAAAGAUAUUCUCAUUGUUCAAUGUUUUUUAAAAAUUUAUUAAAAACAUAAAAGUAUUUGAUGUUAUACGCAACAUAAAGCUUAAAGAUUCCGAUUGAUGGAAUGAUAUGAAUGACAAAUUUAUUGCCUUAACUAAGAAGAUAUUUACUCAAAAAAGCUUGAAUUAAUGUUUACAAUGAUGCAUUUGCAUCGGAUAUUAAAAUUAAGAUAACUUACCACAUGUUUAUGCCUCACCACCCACAUUUUGCAACUUUAUUUCCAGUUUCAAAUCUUACAAAACAAAUUAAAAUUUUCUUUUCUUCCUCUUUUUUUUUGUUUUGUUGAAGAAAUCAUCAUCAGAUGUUUUAC